AUGGGGAAAAGCUACUCAAGUAAGAGGAAUCGGAAUGAAAACGAAGGCUGGAAGGGGGAGAAGCGGGAGAGGAAGGAAACGAUGGUAAAGGAUGGGAGAGAGGAGAAGGGGGCGAGGUGGAGGAAUGUUGGUUGGGCCGCGGGGGGCGGGCGGGGUCCCGGGCCGCGGCCAGGCGCUGGGAACCGCUGCGUGCAGGGAGCGCGAGCCGGGCGCGGCGGCGGCGGCGACGGCGGCGGCAGCGGCGGGCGGAGCGGCGGCCCGGGCGCCGCCUUCUCCAUCGACGCGCUGAUCGGGCCGCCGCCGCCGCGCGCCGGCCACCUGCUCUACACCGGGUACCCCAUGUUCGUGCCCUACCGGCCGCUCGUGCUGCCGCAGGCGCUCGCCCCCACGCCGCUGCCCGCCGGCCUCCCGCCGCUCACGCCGCUCGCCUCCUUUGCCGGCCGCCUCUCCAACUCCUUCUGCGCGGGGCUGGGCCAGGCCGUGCCCUCCAUGGUGGCGCUGACCACCGCGCUGCCCAGCUUCGCCGAGCCGCCCGACGCCGCCUUCUACGGGCCCCCCGAGCUCGCCAACGCCGCCGCGCGCAACCUCCCCGAGCCGGGCGCCCGCCGCACCGAGGGCGCCCUGGACGCCGAGGAGCUGCUGCCGGCGCGGGACAAAGUGGCCGAGCCGCCGCCGCCCCCGCCCGCGCACUUCGCAGAGACUUUCCCGAGUCUGCCGGCGGAGGGGAAGGUGUACAGCUCUGACGAGGAGAAGCUGGAGACCCCCGCUGCUGACGCAGCCGGCAGUGAGCAGGAGGAAGAGGGCUCAGGCGGUGACAGUGAGGAUGACGGUUUCCUGGACAGUUCUACAGGGGUGCCCGGGGCUCUUCUGGGACCUAAACGCAAGCUCAAGGGAAGCCUGGGGACUGGAGCCGAGGAGGGGGCUCCCGUAGCCACAGGGGUGGCGGCGCCUGGGGGGAAGAGCCGGAGGCGUCGCACGGCCUUCACCAGUGAGCAGCUCCUGGAGUUGGAGAAGGAAUUUCACUGCAAGAAGUACCUGAGCCUGACCGAGCGCUCCCAGAUCGCCCACGCCCUCAAGCUCAGUGAGGUGCAGGUCAAGAUCUGGUUCCAGAACCGCCGGGCCAAGUGGAAGCGCAUCAAGGCCGGCAAUGUGAGCAGCCGCUCCGGGGAGCCUGUGAGGAACCCCAAGAUAGUUGUGCCCAUACCUGUGCACGUCAACCGCUUUGCUGUGCGCAGCCAGCACCAACAGAUGGAGCAGGGGGCCCGGCCCUGAUGCCCGGGGAAUGCAGCGUGGAGGACCAGUUCCCGACUCGCUGGGUUCGGGGACCAAGGGGCCAAGGCGGACUCUGAGCCCAGAGAGGCCAGCUGUGCCCCUACCACUGCCAGGCUGAAGAUGUGGGUGGUUGGCCCCAGACUGUUCCAGAGAUCCCCAGGACUGGGGCUUCCGGUACAGGGGCUUGGGUUCUGGUGGCCAGAGCCCUGGGAACCAUGGUGGACUCCUGGGGUGGGCGAGGGUGGGGUCACAGAGCCUCUGGGGCCUGAAGGUCUCUGACUGAUGCCCCGAAAAGCUUCUGGCAAGUAGGAGUUCAGGGUAAUUCCAGCCAGGCGGAGCACAGCUCCUUAUUUAUUUUGUGUAAAGUUUGUAUAUAUGGAGCCAUCGGUCUCUGUCCAUCUGUCUGUCUGCACCUCUCAGAGGGACCAGGAAAAAUCUGUUUCCUCCAUCCUCCGCCAGAGCUCUUUCCAUCCUCUUGCUCUGGGGUGGGCACUGACUGGCCUCUCUGGUACAAAAAUGUGCAGUCUGUGGAAGUCAUUCAGCUUCCAUGUUUCCACUCACACCUCUUCCCUGAGCUCCGACCCAGCGACUCUGUCCUGUCCCCGGUAAACAGGCUCGCUUAUUCUACCGGUUCUGCCUUCCCUUGGGAGUGGCAGCCGGCUCUAGGGUGAGACUCACUCCCACUGGUAUUAAAUUAAAGGGAAAUUAAAUCUG